UUAUAAUUUUUUUUAUAUAAUAUAUAAUUAGAUUCAUGUCUUUCUGAAGAUUUCUCCGAAAGUGAACCUCCUCCGAUAGACCUAAUGGAUACAGAUGGAAACACAAGCGGGACGGGGAACAACGCGCCACCGAAAUUCUUCCUCCCACGGCAAGACCUCCCAGUUAUGCAUCUCCCUAGGUUUGACAUGAGAAACGGGUCACCCGAAUCCGCAUGCAGGCUUGUGGUGAGGCUUCCAGUGGCACAGGGGUAUCACUGGGUGCCUGUGCAGGACAUGCCACCUGAGGCAGCCAUGUCGCACAUUGACGCAUUCAUCAAGAGCCAGCACAUGCAGCUGACAGCACACCCCCCCGCCGGCUGGACCCCAGAUAGGAUCAAGAAGAUUGCCAUCUGCCUGGGGAUCUCUCGUGCGGUCGCCACCGCCAACCACAGGAUCCAGCUGUCUGAUAUCAUGCCAGAAGAAAUGGCCAGCCCAGUGUUCAACUACAUGCCGCCCGCGGUCGGGGCAACAAAAGGGACAAUCGGAAUAGUCCCGGUGCUGAGCGAUGAGAAGAGGGCGUUCGCUGCCCAGCCCAUGGAGUACACUGACGAGGAGAAGGCCGCCAUGGCUGUGCUUAUGAGAUGCUCUCUGGCGACGAUCCCCCUGCAGGGAUACUCUUUGGUUGAAUGCGGGGAACACUACCUAAGCGACAAGGGGACGCAGUCGGGCAAGGCUUUCGCUUCGGUGGAGAGGCAAUUCUGGUUCGAACCUGCUAUCAAGGACUGGCUAGGCGCUGACAUCAAGCAGAUACAGGAUGCCAUGUGGCACAAGGCUACCCACCCGGUGAACUUGAAAGUUAAGUACCGAGCGUGCACAAGCCAGGAGGUCAAGGAGCAGCUAGUGACUGACGGAGUGGGCUCAGCAGCGGUUAGGCUGCCUGCAAUAGAACCAGAGGUCAGAGUAGGGAUGUCUUACAUCGCGCUCUCCAACGUUGUGAGACCCUGUUUCGAGAUGUUCGGAGGGAGUAUGAAUUGCGACCUACUCGAGCUGGCGGUGGCCACCGCGCAGGCAUACCCCCUCGGAACGGAGAACCCCGGAGAGCUACAAAACAGGGACAAGAGGAUCCCACUGAACGUGGUGAACAGGAGGACUGCUGUACACUGGGUCAACUCCGUGGUCAAGCGAAACGCGAAAACCGUUGCGUUUUGCUAUGGCUUCUACAUUGCCAUGUCCGACAGGACCCAGAUGUCUGCAGCUGGCGGAGCGGAGUACACCCUGAGGAACAAGUAUGCGCUCAAAAGGCUGGCCAGAGACCACUUCCUUACGAGAACUAUGGCUGACUAUGCUGCUGCUGUUGCUGUUGCCAACGCCAAGGCAAGAAGCAAGGCUACUUUACAGUGAGCUGUGUGUCUCUGCAGCAGAUAGAUAGGUUUUACUGCUUUCAUCGUUAGGAUUUCCCUUUGCAUUUUGAGUCCUUUUUUAUUUUAAUUAUAACUAUUAAGUAUGAUUUUAAUAUGGGAAAAUUACUUAAAAAGAGACAGUACACAUUGUUGUAAGACUUUUCCUAAAACAAUAGUUAGUUUAUAUUCGUCUUAGGUUAAGUUUAACAAAUGAUG